AUGAGUGUGUGUGCCUGCAGCGCUUCAUACCUGCGGAGGUGGCUGCUGAGAGCUCUGUUUAUUCUGGCUGCCCUGCAGCCACUGAGUGCUGCUGACUGUCCCAAAUCAUGUGUUUGUCAUGCUCCCGCUGAAGUGCAUUGCACCUUUAGAUACCUGACCGCAAUACCUGACUACUUCCCACCAGCUGUGGAAAGAAUUAACCUCGGGUACAACAGUAUAUCUGUCUUGAGAGAAAAUGAUCUUUCAAACUUUGAGAGGUUGGAGCUUUUGAUGCUACAUAGCAACGCUAUACACAGUAUUGAAGACAGAGCCUUCCAGGACCUCAAGUCUUUACAGGUCCUGAAGAUGUCACACAAUAAAAUAAGGGAAAUCAACAAAAAGACGUUUAAAGGCCUGGGCAGUCUGCUGAGACUCCACAUAGACCACAACCACAUCGAAUUUAUCAGCCCAGAGGCUUUUUAUGGCCUGACCAACUUGCAGCUGGUUAAUCUGGAGGGCAACCACCUUCAGCAGAUCCAUCCAGACACAUUCAUCACCCUGAGACACAGCCAGGUUUUUAAAUUAUCCUCUGUAAGAACCAUCCACUUGUCAGACAACUUCCUGACCGCUCUGCCUGCAGAUAUUUUCACUGGAUGCAGUCAGUUAGAAAAUGUCUUUCUCCACGGAAACCCUUGGAUGUGUGAUUGCCGCAUGGAGUGGUUCUCCAUGUGGAUACAGAGGAACACAGGUGUACUGAAAUGCAAGCGAGACAGGAGAUAUCCAAGAGGCCAGCUGUGUCCUGUUUGUGAAAAUCCCACCUCUCACCACAACAGCCCUCUAGCCCUGCUCCACAGUGAUGCCUUAACAUGUAUGAAACCCUGGAUCAAACCCCAUCUUAAGCAGAAAAACAUUAGCUUGGAGGAGGGGGACUUCACUCCAGUUUCUCCAAAGGACUUCAUUGCCCCGCUAGGCUCCUUACAAAUGAAUCUGACUGAUGAGUUUCAUAAUGAUGCAAGUCUGUCCUGCACUGUCCAUAGGCCCAGUGCUUUUGAGAACCUGAGUCAAACCUUAGAGGAAGAGGAAGGAAACAAUGUCACUGCACUUGUCACUGGCAUAACUACAUUUUUGGUGUGUAACAUUGACUAUGAGCACAUCCAACAGCUGUGGCGGACUCUGGCCACCUACAGUAACUCUCCUAUGAAGCUAGAGAGAGGUUUGAUGCUGGCCAGAGUACCAGAAAUGGUGUACAGAUACAAUCAGAUAAAGGAUGGAGAGGAAGAAAUUACCACAAACAUUGAGGCUGAAAUUAAAGCAUCUCCUGCAUGGUUAAUGCAGGGAGAAGUGAGCCUCCAGCUUGACCGUACUACUACCACCUAUUCUACUCUGCACAUUAAGUACCAGUCUGUGGUCAACCUGCGUGUGGAAAGCACACCAUCUAAAAGGGACCGCUAUUCCUGGACCAUGAUCAAGCGAGAUAAUCAAACCAAGACAGAGCACACUGUAAUUACAGGUGGUGUGGCACAGUUGAGCUGUCAAAUCCAGGGUGCACCACAACCUCUUAUGGAGUGGAUUUUACCAGAUGGAAGUAAGGUUAGAGCUCCUUACUCCAGUGAGGACAGGAGGAUCAUUAUUACUGCUGAAGGAAAGCUAACACUUCGUGGUGCAGAUACCUCUGACACUGGUUUGUACUGGUGCAUUGCCACAAACUACCUGGAUGCAGAUAUCCUCACAUUUCGCGUGACAGUUCUUUCUCCUGAUGUGGAAGAAGCUGAGGUCAACGGUCUACAACUCUCAAAGUCACUUGGUGAAAAUCUGGUAUUCGACUGCAGCUUCUCUGGGAGUCCUAAGGCCUCGGUUUCUUGGGUUCUUCCUGACCACUCAGUCCUGGACAAGUCCCAGGGAAACAGAAAGGUGUACAACAAUGGAACACUUUUGAUUCAGGGUCUCACAGAGAGGGAUCGAGGAUUUUAUAGGUGUUUAGUUGCUAAUCAUAUGGGAGUUGAUCUGCUUGUGUAUCAGGUGACACUCAGUGAAGAAAGGCAUAAGGAUGUGACAGCGUUGGACAACAAGGGGUCAUGGAUGGUGACUGAGAAGUCUAGCUUGGCAGAAAACCCAGUCAAUCUCAGAAAGAGCCCUUCCUCCAGUCUCUCUGAAAGAACUAGUCAGGAAUCCAGGACUAUCACCUCAGAUCGGCCUUACCCUAAACCCAGAUUACAUGACAGAGGAAGUUCAGGAAGUAGACUGGGACAAAAAAGGAGGGGGGUAGCUCGCAACAGACAUAUUUGGAGCAGUAGGGUUUUUGAUAAAGCUUCCAGGAAAGUAGACCCACAGAAAUUUGCUGAAUUUAUGAAAAAAGCUAAUAAUGGACCAAGAUUAAAAGAUGGUACAAGGAAUAAGGGGGUGACACAAGACAACUCGCAUACUGAUUUUUCUGGUGAUGAUGACAUUGGCUCUGGUGGGGAUCAUUAUGAAGACCAUCUUACUGUUAUCCCAAGGAUAUAUCACUCAACCACAGAAGCAACAGUAACCACACAGAAAGGUGAAAGUAAUAUUUUAAAAACAGGGGUAAAGCAAAUUUCUGACAUAGAAAAUGCAUUCAGCCAUAAUGACCAUUUGAAUAAAAGAAAAGAAAACAUAAGCCCACCAUCAAUAGAUAUGCAGUCUGAUUCUACACCAGUGAAUUCCAAGUUCACACACCUGCCAAAUUCUGUUGAGACAACAGAUUUGUAUACCGUGGAAAGAACCACCAGUGCACCUCUAAACAUACAAUCAGUCACUGCACAAUUUACUAUGACGAACACUGAACAAGAAACUCAGCUCAAAUUUUCUGGAGAAUCCCCUGCAGAAACAGAAACAUUUGCAGAUGCAGCACUUUCCUUUACUACAGACCCUAAUGUUACUCCGAUGAGAGAUAGACUGGGCCCAGUGGAACUAUUCAUCCACACAGACCCUGAAAGUCAGACCACAUUCACAGCAAUCGGCACUACAGAGAAACAGCAGGACGAGAUCACCUUCCACACUACACAGACAAUAAAAUCCCCUAUCCUGUCUGCAGCAUCCACAAUCAUUUCCCAGCAGCAGAUCCAUAUCAUUCCACGCAAGAACGUCAGAGGAAAAGGUGGUCGGAGGAUCCUUAAUGGUCGUCGAAGAGUAAUUAAACCCAACAGGAUCACUGACAUUCAGUCCUUCAUAAAUAGACUCAAACAGCCCACUUUAAAGAAGGAAGGAAACACCUCUGUGUCGUAUCGAACUGAACUGACCACAGGCUGUGACUGUGAUGAAGACAAGAAGAAGACAGUGAAGACUAAUGUGCAUCUCAUUACACCUACAGCAUCCUCCAGUGCAUUUCCAAGCAAAACUGAGAGACCUGCUAAGACACAAAAAACUGCAGCUUCUACCACAAAUCAUGUUACUUCCAAUGCCCCCCUCAGCCACACUGAGUCCGGAUCAGAGGUUUCUACUGACUACAUAACAUCUGCUGACAUCCUUGAAAAUGGUUCUACAGUAAGUCCAUUUUUGACCCCAUAUAAAUUACCGUCAAUAACCACCACAACCACUACUACAACUGCCUCUAAGGUUAUUCGUGGAAGAAUCCCAUGGAACAGGCUGUUUGGAGGCAGAGAAAGGGAAAAGAUACUGGGCAGGUUAAGGAGGCCACCCACCCCACCAAAACACUCAACUACAGCUCAAACUACAACAAUGACCCCAAGCACAGCCACUGUUAUUGUGCCCACUACUACCUCCGUUUCACUGCCUGAAUCUGAGCCUCUAUCCACCCAAUCAUCUGAACAGAGCAAAGAGAGUUCAUUAGAUGAUGACAAUGGAGGUUUAUCUUCCGCUGAUUUUGAGUUUACAACAAUGGGACCAAGCUUUCAAUAUAGAACUACUGCAAGUUUAUCUCAUUACUCCAGGUUUUCCACAACUGCUGAAACACCUGUAGAAUUACAGACUUUGCCAUCUCCACCUACUGUCAAGCCACAUUCAGCAGAAAAUAAUGAUAAAGCAUUGUUUUCUGGCUCUGGGGGACUACCUGAUAAUUUGCUUGUAGUCAGACAUAGACCAGGUGGGACAAGGGGAAGACAGGGGCGAAGAAAAAGACCCUUUGGAGGCAGGAGACCACUCAGGAAACCUGGAAUUACUAAAGCAGCUCCUACUACUAAAUCUGUGGUUUCACCUACCGAGGUAACAACUGUGGAACCUACAGUGGAGGCAAGCACACAAACUCAAAAGGUCAUUUUCCUUUACAAUCUCUUCCACACACAAUCUAGAAAAGAAGAUAAAAUCACACUUGAGGCUUCCAUUGACCAAACAUCUGCAGAAAUUGACUUGAAUAAUGGAUUUGAUUGGACAUCUAGUAGUUUAUCUACCUACACAACCACCAAGUCUCCUAUCAUCGUAUCUACAACUUACAAACCUUCUACUCCACUGGUGCCAGCUACCACAAUGCAACCUUAUACAAUGGCUCAGACAGGAGUCCACAUCAACAACAAACCAACAAUACAGAUAAAGAAUGAAGACACUUAUCGCAACCCACCAACUCGGAGAAUCAAACCUACAAUGCAAAGCUAUGGUGUCAGAGGCCAUGCCAAUAAAGGCCUUACCUUUGAGACAAUUACCAUCUUUACUGCUGAGCAAGGACACAAUACCCCUUCUCCACUCAACAAGAAAAUGCACAUCUCUGCAAUAAAUAAUCAUGACACUGGCAAUCAAGCUACCACUGCUAAUACUCCUCGGCAGGCACUCACUACAAAGGCCAUGAUAAGAAAGCCGAGGAUAGUUGGUGGAAAUGCAGCUAGCUUUACAGUUUUGUCAAACUCAGAUGCUUUCCUCCCAUGUGAGGCUGUUGGAAACCCACAACCAGUAAUAACUUGGAAACGUUUGUCCUCAGGCACAGAAAAGACAAUGACCAUUAAGGGAAGAAUGGGCAAGUUUGAGGUCUUAAGCAAUGGAACCUUGUCUGUCCAGAAUGCUAACAUGAAGGACCAAGGCCAGUACCUUUGUCUUGCUGAGAAUGACCAUGGAUCGGAUAAACUUCUUAUCACCCUCUCUGUGGUAGCCUACCCCUCACGUAUCCUGGAGCCAAAAAUGCGAGAGAUGAAAUCUCAUACAGGAAAUACUGCAGAGCUGAAGUGUAAAGCCGAAGGCCGGCCUAUACCCAUGAUUUCCUGGAUCUUAGCUAAUAGGACACAAGUCAGGGGUCAAAACACAGAGAAAGGAAGGGUAUCAGUAUCUUCUGAAGGGACUCUGAUUAUUAAGCAUGUGUCUGUGUAUGAUAGAGGUUAUUAUAAAUGUAUCGCCAGUAACCCGGCUGGAGCUGAUACCGCUACCGUCCGACUACAAGUGGUAGCAGCCCCACCAGGCAUUGUGGAAGAGAAACGUCAGCAACUGAAAGCAGGUCUGAUGCAAAGCUUGUGGCUACCUUGCACUGGCCAUGGUACCCCUCAGCCAACUAUUCACUGGGUCCUCCAUGAUGGAUUUGUAGUUCGAUCUAACAGACAUACCAGCGACAACAGGAUAUCAGUGUAUGAGAAUGGAACACUUCUCAUGAAAGAUGUGACUCCAGCAGACAGUGGAAAAUAUGAAUGUAUUGCUACCAGCUCUACUGGUUCAGAGCGAAGGGUGGUGACUCUGACAGUAGAAACACAAGCAUCUGCACCUCAGAUAGUGGAGACAUCCGAACACAUCACAGAGUUGUCUUUUGGGGAUCAGUUGAGGCUGAAUUGUUCAGCAACAGGAGAUCCUAAGCCAAGAAUCAUCUGGAAGCUACCUUCAACAGCUGUUGUUGACUAUUGGCACAGGACGGGCAGCAGAAUUCGUGUUCUGGACAAUGGUACUCUUGUUGUUAACACAGUAAGUGAUAAAGAUGCUGGGGACUACAUAUGUGUGGCCCGAAGCACAGUUGGUGAUGAUCUUCAACUGAUGAGGGUCAGCAUAUCAAUGAAGCCAGCCAAAAUAGAGCCUAAACUCUAUGGGAAGAAACAAGUACUUUAUGGUAAUGACUUGAAAGUAGACUGUAAAGCCUCAGGAGCACCAAAGCCAGAGAUCUCUUGGGGUCUACCAGAUGGUACAGUGGUCAACAGUGCUCUGCAGUCUGAUGCAAGCCAUAGAGGAGGACGAGCACGACGCUAUACCCUGUUUGAGAAUGGAACACUUUAUGUAAACCAGGUUGGGAUAUCAGAAGAAGGAGAUUACACCUGCUAUGCUGAGAAUCAGGUGGGAAAAGAUGAGAUGCAUGUACACAUCACUGUGGUGACAGCUGCACCCAGGAUAUAUCCACCUAGCCAGACCUAUGCCAGGGUGAAGCCAGGAGGGAAUAUUCGCUUUGACUGUGAAGCAUUUGGGGAGCCUAAACCCAAGAUCCUUUGGCUGCUUCCCACCAAUGAUGUAAUAGCAGCAUCAAAUGGACGCUACUUAAUGCAUGUAAAUGGUUCCCUGGAUAUCAGGGAUGUGGCACUAAUUGAUGCAGGGGAAUAUGUUUGUAUAGCUCGCAACCCUGGAGGAGAAAACAGAAAAGUUUAUAAGUUGGACAUAGAUGGGAAUCCACCAGUGAUCAAUGGAUACCGUCAGAAUAGGACUAUAAUCAAAGAUGUAGCUCCAAAACACGGCAGGAAACUUAUAAACUGCAAGGCUGAAGGUGAUCCUGCUCCAACUAUCACUUGGAUUAUGCCUGAUAACAUAUUUCUAAAAGCACCAUACUUCGGUAGCCGGAUUAAUGUCCAUCAUAAUGGGACGCUAGAAAUUCGUAAUGUGCGACCUACAGAUACGGCAGAGUUCAUUUGUUUGGCAAGAAAUGAUGGGGGUGAAGCAGCAUUGGUAGUACAGCUGGAGGUUACCAGUAUGCUCCGAAGGCCAAUCUUCAAGAAUCCUUUCAAUGAACGCAUUGUGUCUUGGAUUGGGAAAACAACAGUUUUGAAUUGUUCUGCUGAUGGACACCCAAUCCCAGAGAUUAUUUGGACUUUGCCUAAUGGAACAUUGUUAAAUAGUGGAUCCAGCCAUGGCUCACACCACCAACUAGGCGAUGAUGGGACUUUAGUCAUCUACAACGCUCAGAAAAAGCAUUCUGGGAAGUACCGAUGUGGUGCCAAGAAUUUCUUGGGUUACAUUGAAAAGCUAAUUAUUCUGAACAUUGGGCAGAAACCUUACAUCUUGACAAGACCUAAGGGUAUGAUACGCAGCAUGUCUGGGGAACCUCUGUUCCUUCACUGUCUAUCAGAUGGAAGUCCCAGACCAAGAAUCUACUGGACCAUUCCAGGUGGCCACACUCUUACCCGACCUCAAGUACUUGGGCGUUAUCAACUGCUAGGGAAUGGUACUCUAAUUGUUCAGGACACUACUCUGCAUGAUCGAGGAAACUACAUCUGCAGGGCUCGUAACGAUGCUGGAGAGGCGAUGCUCACCGUCCCCGUUAGUAUCAUCGCUUAUCCUCCACGGAUCACUGCAGGGACACCUUCUAAUGUGAGGGCAGUAAUUGGGAAACCUAUCCAGCUCAACUGUGCUGCCUCUGGGAUCCCAAAGCCAGAGAUCACCUGGGAACUUCCUGAUCAUUCAGUUCUGUCAGCGGCCGAGCAGGGACGGCCUUUAGGUAGUGAGAUGCUUCACCCUCAGGGCACACUUAUCAUCCAGAAGCCCACAGUAUCAGACACUGGUCCAUACAAGUGCUUAGCAAAGAACCACCUUGGCACAGACUCAAAGGUCACAUAUGUUCUUGUAGUUUAAAAGAGGACAAAAUAUCUGGAUUUUCAACAUUAACAGACAUAUUGUUACUAUACUUUGUGUGUAUGAUAUCUGACACAUGGAUUUAUGAGAAUUAUGGCUCCUGCAGAAAAAAGCAAACAAAGAAGAAAAGGAAGAAAAGAUGUUUUAAAGGGAAAUAUGUUUUUUUUACCUGAAAAACUCAGCCUGAAACUACCAAAUUGUUAUUGUAAUGGAAAUUGAGCAUAUGGUAAUUCACAUUGUAGGUGGUUCUCAGUGGGAUUGGGAGCAAAAGGGCCAACAGUAAGUGCUGAGCCUAAAGGGGUUUCUCUGACCAGACAUUGAGCAAAGUUUAGUAUCACGGGCACAGAUACUGUUACGAGACAGAAAGGGACAGGAAAUGUGUAACAGAUUAAAAGAAAGGGAAAAAAGGCUCCCAAAAGAUUUUCAACUCCAUUUAGACAUUCUCCAGGUGCUGUUGCUAUCAUGAAACAUUUCUUUGUCACUUAAGGGCAAAUUGAAAAGACAACAUGCAGAGUAUGUUGUGAAGUAUGUUUUAAAGGCAGUGAAUUUUACAGCUUUGUUCAAGAAAUAUAUGAGGCGUGUCUUACACUGGAGACAUUUCUGCAUGGACAGUAUACUUUGAUACCAGAAUCAGAUUUCUUUAUUGUAGUUUUUGUAUUUUUAUGUCAAUUUAAAGCAGAUUUCUUUGUCUAUUUUCAGAAUCAAAAUUACUCAUAGAUACACUAUCAGUCUGUUGUGUUGUACACAAAGUUUUACAGUAAUGUUAUACAUUAUGCUACUCUAUAAUAAUACAUUAUAUUUAUGUAUAUAUUUGUAAUAUCUAAUUUUUCAAAGAAUGGAAGAAAAGAUUAAAUGAA